AACUUGUGCAACCUUAAGGUUUCAAAACAUUUAACAGCGCUUGCAAUUCGAAGUAAUUUGUGUAUCUGAAAAAUAACUGACGAUGGCGGUGUUACAAAUGCUACUGCUGCUCUGUGCUGGGAGUUCACUUGCAGAAGAUUUAUUUUCACCAAAUGUGAACAUCAUUGCUGAGCUCGAGAAACUGAAAAACAUGGAUGAAAGGAUACAAAAAUUAGAAGAAUCACUGGCCAAAGUAUUCAGUGAGAAUGAAGCUUUGAAAACCAUCGUCCAUGAUUCACAAAAUAAGCUUGAGUCUUUCCAAACAGAGAAUGAAGCCAAAAAGGUUGCCUUUUCAGCUGGACUUUUGGAAUCUGGAACAGGAUACACUGGGCCCACUAACGCUCUGAAAACUCUGGUCUACAAAAAAGUCUUUAGUAAUAUUGGAGGUGCCUAUGACUCAAACACUGGCGUUUUCACAGCACCAAUCAAAGGAGCCUAUUACUUCAGAUUUUAUGGUCAUACUCAUGGUGGAACCACAAUGGCAGUCAGUCUCUUGAAGAAUGGUGAAACCCAGUGCUCUAUGCAUGCUUGGAAGCCUGCCUCCAAUGGUAAUGCCAGCAAUGGUGUUGUUCUCACACUGGAGAUUGGUGAUCAAAUUUCUACACGACUUUGGGCGAACACCUGGGUUUAUGAUGAUCCAGCAAGUUACACCAGUUUCGGUGGUUUUCUGAUUUUCCCUUUGUGAAUGUCUGAAUCUUGUAUCUCAUAUCCAGUGCAGGAUGCAAUGCAAAACAAUUAUUGUAACUGAACUUAAUUGUUCCUGUUUAAGUAAACCGCAUCUUAGUAAAUAAGAGUAGGAAAAGAAAAGGAGAUCAUUGCUUUUUAGUUACAGUAUUUAAGUCUAAACAUAACAAAAAUGAUUUUUCUAAGAACGAGAGUAGCACUUGUCCAUAUUUCUAGAAUAUCAAAUGCUGAACAUUUAAUUAAAUAAACCAAAUGUGUCACUGAA